AUGAAGAAGAUUACGGAGUACAUGGCCACAAGUACUACCAGCGUUGCUGCUGCACGUUCGCGAGAACUAUCAAUAUCAGGCGCCCGUACUCUGGUCUCAAAGUCUGCGACUCUGAAGUCGGGAGAGCUUGUCGAUACUGUCGAUGCGGGUGCUACGCGUCAAGCAGCUCUUGUGCUAGAAGAGGAGGAAUCAGAAGAAGAGUUGCCGGCUCCAAGACCUCUCAAACGCCGUCGAGCAGAACCACCCACUUCCGCGCCUGUCGCGACGAAGAAAGCCCGAACUUUGGCAUUGCCUUCUUCUGGUAUCGCCACCAGCGAAACCAUCCCUCCAAUAGCAGACGUGGCCACGGUACUUGAGACUCUGGAGCACGAUACCAUGGGCGCAACUUGGUACGAAACUCUCCGGCCCGAGUUUAAGAAAGCGUACUUUGCGAAGCUGAAGUCCUUUCUAAGAACUGAGGUGAACGCCGGGACAGUGUAUCCUGCCUUGAACGACAUAUACUCUUGGUCUCGCUUGACGCCUCUGGAUGGCGUUCGAGUGGUGAUCAUUGGACAAGACCCAUAUCAUGAUGUGAACCAGGCUCAUGGUCUUGCGUUCUCUGUUCUCCCUCCGACGAAAGCACCACCAAGUCUCAAGAACAUCUUCAAACAGAUCCAGACCGAAUACCCAUCGUUCGUGGUACCGACUACUGGAGACCUUUCACCUCUGGCGAAACGCGGUGUUCUCUUCCUUAAUACCUGUCUCACCGUUCGUGCGCACAAAGCUCAUUCGCAUGGCAAACGUGGAUGGGAAGAGUUCACGACGGCAGCCCUGAGAGCCGUGGCACGAAGAGUGUCAGAUACUCAGAGGGGUGUGGUGUUCAUGGCGUGGGGGUUGCCCGCGCAAAAGACAUGCGCUGCAGUUGGGAUCGAUGAAAGUAGGCAUCUACUAUUGAAAUCUGCACACCCUUCACCGUUAUCCGCGUAUCGAGGGUUCUUUGGUAACGGUCACUUCAAGCGUGCAAACGAGUGGCUCGAAGAGCGGUAUGGCAAAGGCGGUGGUGUGGAUUGGGCUGCACUCUCUCAAGCUGCUUGA